GGCUUGGAACUAGAGUGAAAUGGAGAAAUUCAGGAGCAGUUCAAAAUUCCUGAUGAUGCAUGAAAUCCAGCAACCAGCUGAGCAUCAAGUUCAUGCAGCUGAACAAUCUGUUGAGCCCCAGUCUGCAACACACGAAUUCCAGGACAGAGGUCAUGACAAGCCAGGUCAAGAUGGGUAUACCCGAAGUCAAAGAAGAAUGUUUAAAAAAUCCCAAAGCAGAUAUCUAGCAAGGAAGUUUUUCUAUCUAUGGGCAAAAAUGACAUUUGGACAAGUUCUCCCUUCCAAAGCCAGAUGUUUUUAUGAUCAGAAGAUUCUUCAAAAAACUUUUGGAACAUGGAAGGAGCAGUGGACAGUUUGCAGAGAAAAGAAGCUCAGCCUCAGAGCAGACAACUAUAGGCAUUUACUCCUUAAUUUGAUACUUAAGGCUUGGAGAGCCUAUGUAUGCCAACAGCAAGGAAAGAGGAAAAAGUAUUAUGUUGCAGAGUCUCAUGCAAAGAAGCAAACUCUGCUCAGGACCUGGCAGCACUGGCUGGUUUAUGUUGAUGUUCAAAGGACAAAACAUGGGAUGCAGUCUGUGGCACUGGGUUUCAGGGAAAGAAGCUGUUUGUGUAUUUCAUGGGCAGUGUGGAGAAGACAGCACUACCUGAAAUGCUCUGGACAUAAAAUGAAUAUUUUGGCUCUGCAGCACUGGGCCCAGAGCUUGCAGUUUCGAGCUUGGUUGCAGUGGCGAGAGCUGUAUUUACACACCCAGGAUGAGAAGCAGAAGGACACCAGGGCAGUAACUCACCAUCAGCACUGGGAAUUGAGGAGAUGUGUGGGAGCAUGGCUGGGAUACCUGAACCUCCACAGAGUAAAGAAACGCCAGAAUGAGCUGGCGCAGGAGUUUCACCGAAGCCGGAUGCUCCGGAGGUGCUUCUCUGAUUGGCAGCUGUCAUGGGAGAGCAGGAGAAGAAUGCAUGCUCACCAAAGGGACCUGGAAAAACACGCAGCAAGGAUUGCCUUAUGGAGAGUCUUUGCACACUGGAAGCAUUAUGUUGUGCUGUGUGUGGAAGAGGCUCGCCAGUGUGAGCUGGCUGAAAAGCACUACAAGUGUCACCUGUUGGAACUUGGCCUUAAGGGUCUUCAGCAGAAUGUCCUGGACACUCGUGUUCAGCGAAUAAGAACGAAUCUGUCAUCCCAUCAGCAUCGAGUCACAGUGCUGCAGAAGUACUGGAACCAUUGGAAAUCCAGUUUGGAAGAGAAGGAGGAAGAACAGCAGCAGGCCUUAACAUCAGUAGCUCGUGCCCGUUAUAGGAGGGUGUUGAUGAGACAGGUAUUUGACACAUGGCUGCUGAAGGUCUGCACGCUGCAAGAAUAUCGAACGGGAGAGAAGAAGGCUGUCCUUCAUUUCCAGAGGCAGCUUCUGGGCUGCUUCUGGUGCUGCUGGCGUAGAAGAGCAGCUGCAUGUUUGGAGGAGCAGGAGGGCUUGGUUCGUGCAGGAGAUCACUACAGCAACCAGCUGCUGCUAAAGGCCUUCUGUCUGUGGAAACAAAAGACUCAGGAGAGAGAAACAGAGAGGCUCAAGGAGAGAGAAGCUUUAAGAUUUCACUGUUCAAAGUGUCUGCAGCAGACUUGGAACAAGUGGAGAGAGUAUGUGGGACAUCAGCGUGAGAAAUGGAGGAAGUUGGUGCAAGCAGACCUGCACUAUCGACAUGUGUUGCUGGGCAAGACCUUAGCAGCUUGGAAGAUUUACCAACAAAACAUACAGUGCAUUCUGUAUCAAGUAGCUGAGAAGGAGACACAGCACACUCGACUGCUGCUGCGACAGGUACUGUGUAUGUGGAGAGAAAAUGUCCUUGCUCUUAUACAUGAAUCUAAGGCAACUAUUCAGGCAGAUGAGCACUACAGGAGAGCGAUCCUGUCGAAGAUGUUGCUGCAGUGGCGAGAUGCUUCCUGGCUACGAGCGUGUCACCGCCAUCUAAAGGUGACAGCUGUGGUGGAGGCCAGAAAACAUUUGGAUUUAGUGCAUUUACAGAGCCUGUUUCUUCACUGGAAGGAAUUAAUGAGGGAGUCUCUGAUGCUGAGGGCUCAGCACCGCAGGGCAGCAGAGCACCACCAGCAGCACCUGCUCCAGAAGUACCUGGUGAAAUGGAAAAAAUAUCAUCAGCAGUGCCUUGGGAAAAAGUUGCUGCGGAGAAGGGGAGAUGAACUAAUGGCUCAUAGACUUUGCUCUGCCUCCUUCUUCUGCUGGAAAACUCGACUGUUGCAGCAGCAAUGGGAAAAGCAGAAGACAGUACAAGCAUUGUGGCACUGGUCCCUUUCAGUGCAGAGAAAGGUAUUUGAUGCUUGGCUCAGCUUUGCCAAGGGAAAGCAAGAGAAGAAAUAUGGCAUUGAAAAAGUCACAGGAGUUCACCCAACUCCUCUGAGAGAAGGUGUAACUCAUGCCUUGAGAAACACUGCUGGCAUCAGACAGCUGCAGGGACAGCUCCAUACCCAGCACCAGCUGGAGAAGCAAGUGACAUUUAAAAGGCCUGAUGUUAGUCCUGAGACAAGAGGACAUUCAUCAGAGGAAGAGCCAUGGCCUUCAAGAUGCAGACAUCUACCACUUCACCCUGCUGAGGGGGGCUCAGUUCUCUGUGGCCUAAAUGCCAUUCAAUGAGCCAGGUUACCACCACAGAAACCUGAUUUCCCUCUGGAACCUCUAGAAAGCAAAGAACUGCUGGGACCUCCUUUUACUAGGUCAGAGGUGCCCUUUCAGCUAACAUCUGUGAAUAAAUGUCCUGCACAGACUGGGAACUUAAUGCUGACACCUCAUGUGGAAGAAAGUACCUGUAAAUGUCUAUCUCAGAUGGGUAAUGCUGCUCAUCCCCAUCCCUCUCUCACUUGUGCUUCUCUCCCCCUGUGGACACAGGACAUGCACCAAGCUGGGCAGGGGCCAGAGCUGUGGUCUCCUGCAUCUUUCAUGUCCCAAGUGAAAGCUGGCUCAGAAGAGAGAGGAGGUCAACCUGUGAAUUGUCACAAAGGAGCCUAUUCCCAAGACUCUGAACAGAAUUCUGUGGAGAAGUUGCAACUAAAUUUGCUUCCACAAUUGCUGUCACCUGAAGACUUGGUGGGAAAAGGGAGUCACCAGACUACAGCUGAAGGGGGAAAAAGGGACCACAGUUCCAGAGGAGAAAUCUUGGAGAGAAAGGUGGAAGUUGAACUCCGACAUAUCCAGCAGCAGAUGCAGUACUACUACAGCAGGAAGCAGGAACUCAAGUGCUGUCAGCAGCAGGCACAGAUUCUGCAGCAGUGGCUUGAAAUGAGCAUGCAACCAGGAGCCCAAGCUGGUGUACAAGGACUUCAGGAAGAAUUGGGUCAGCUGCAGGUGAGGAUCAGCACUCUCACCAGAGCACAGCUGGCCGACAGACAGCAUGUGCAGGCCCUGCUUGCCCGCCUCAGAGAGCUCCAGCUUGCCCUGGCUCUGUAGUGCAUCUACCACCUUCUCAGCUCAGGGGUAGGACUUUUUGCCCCUUUCAUAGCAGAGGACGAUGGAAGAGAUGUAUCCAUUCACUUAAUUCUAUGUAUGGCAUUCAUUUUUGAUAAAUUAUGUUA